UUACAACUAUUCUUGCUCAUAUUUUUGUUUAGCCAUUUUAGCUUAGCGGCUAGGAGCCUUUCUGAGACAAACUCAGACCGUUACCAAUCCCAGCAGCCUAUACCAUUUCAAUAUCACAAUGGUCCUCUUCUCACCGGAAAUAUAUCCAUCAAUUUAGUCUGGUAUGGCAGAUUUAUACCCCACCAGCGCGCAAUUGUGUCCGAUUUCAUCACCUCAUUUUCUUCCCCUACAUUAGACCAACCGUCUGUUGUUACAUGGUGGAAAUCCAUAAAUAAAUACUACUGCCUCAACAAUGCUAAAGAAACCCCAUCUCUAUCCUUCUCACUGAGUACCCAAACACUGGAUGAAAGCUACUCGCUAGGCAAGUCCCUAUUUCUUGGAACACACGUUAAGAAGUUGGCAGCGAAGGGUGGCCGGAGUAAUGGCAUCAAUGUUGUCUUGACCUCAGCAGAUGUCACUAUUGAUGAGUUUUGCUCUUGCAAAUGUGGCACACAUGGGUACUCAAGAAGCUCGUUCAUUAGAGGCAAGAGCUCCAACUUCGCUUACAUUUGGGUCUUAGAGUUGCCUUACAUCUGGGUCGGAAACUCUGAGUCCCAGUGUCCUAGUCAAUGCGCUUGGCCAUUCCAUCAGACAAUUUACGGACCACAAAAUCCACCUUUGGUUGCACCCAACAACGAUAUUGGUAUGGAUGGCAUGAUCAUAAACCUGGCUAGCCUUUUGGCUGGGACAGUGACCAACCGUUUUGGAAAUGGGUUCUACCAGGGUCCCAAAGAGGCUCCAUUAGAGGCCGCUUCGGCUUGUCCUGGUGUCUACGGGAAAGGUGCUUAUCCUGGUUAUGCUGGUGACCUAUUGGUUGAUGCUACAACUGGUGCUAGCUACAAUGCCAAUGGUUUUAACGGGAAGAAGUACCUGCUCCCUGCUUUGUUUGAUCCCUCAACCUCAACUUGUUCAACUCUUGUUUGA